AUGGCUUGUACUUUACAAUCACUACGAAUUGGGCGUACAUUUGAUUCUGAUUAUCCGCGGAAUCAAGGGGCAUUGUCGAAUGAUACGAGUCUAUCAAUGAUAGCUGUAAUGGGACAGGUGGACGAAUUGAAAGUCACACCUGAAGUAACAUGUCCGAAGAAAAGUGUUAUGUUAGCAUAUAAACUUUACAAAUAUCGUGAUAAAUUGAUGAGUUUGAUCGAUGGUUCCAGAGGACAAUACAGGUAUGAUUUUAUUAUUUUAAGUCCUCUUGUAUUUCUUUAA